ACCGUAAGAAAGAGUACUACCUCGACAGGGGGAGACCAAUUAAGACAAUUAGCUAAGGAGCUAGAAUCAAAAUGGGUGCCCAGGAGGAAGAGGAGGUGAAGGUGGUGGAGACCUGCAUCGUGAAGCCCAGCGAGGAGACGCCUCAGCGUAGGCUCUGGCUGUCCCCGCUCGACCUCGUGCUGGUCAACAGAGGCCACACUCCGACCGUCUACUUCUACCGUGCCGAGCCCGGCUCCGGCUCCGGCGGCGGCUUCUUCGACGUGGCCAGGAUGAAGGCGGCCAUGGCCAAGGCUCUGGUUGCCUUCUACCCUCUUGCCGGCCGUCUUAGCGUGGACGGUAACGGGCGGCCGGAGAUCGACUGUGCUAGCCAAGGCGCGAUCUUCGUGGUCGCUCACUCGGACCUCACCGUGGACGACUUCAUCGACUUCCAACCAUCGCCGGAGCUCAGGAGGCUCUUUGUUCCUCGCGUCAUCGACGAAUCGCCGAGCAUUAUGUGCGCCAUCCAGGUGACAUUCUUGAAGUGCGGCGGGGUGGCCUUCGGGACGGCGUUGCACCAUGUCGCCACGGACGCCAUCGGCGCGUUCCACUUCUUACAAACUUGGGCUGCCUUAUCCAAGGACGGUGAGGACGGUGCAUUGGAGGAGCGCCCUUGCCACGACCGCACCCUCCUUCGUGCACGCUCCCCACCCGUCGUCAACCCCGACGUUUUCUCCGCCUUCUGCCCGAAGCUAAACCUAUCUAAGCCCUCAGGGUCCAUCGUCAGCGAGAUUUUCGUCAUCUCCAAGGACCAGGUCGCCGCUCUUAAGCGUGCCUGCGGUCGUGUCAGCACCUUCUGCGCCAUGAGCGCCCAUGUAUGGCGGUGCAUGUGCAUCGCCCGUCGGCUGUCGUCGGAUGCCACGACGCGCCUCACCUUCCCGGCCAAUGUCCGACGUAGCCUGAAGCCGCCGCUCCCGGUCGGCUACUUUGGCAACGGGAUCAUCUGGUUGGGCACCGCUAGCAAGGUGAAGGAUAUCACGUCAAUGGAGCUGGCCUCCGUUGCCGGACAGGUUAGAGGUGCCGUCCGCCGGAUGGAUGAUGAGCUAGUCCAUUCGGCGAUCGACUACUUUGAGAUGGCGGAGAUGGAUAGCAAACCGGCUCCAGGCAGCAUGCCGGAGACAGAGCUGAGGGUGAUCAGCUGGCUAGGCAUGCCGGCGUACGACGUGGAUUUCGGAUGGGGGAAGCCGCUGGUGAUGCUCCGUGCCGUGUCAGAGCGUGCCGGGUUCGUCUAUCUCAUGGAUGGCGCGCAGGGGGAUGGAAGCGUGCGCAUGGUCGUGUGUGCCGAGGAUACAUUCCUCAAGGACUUCAGUCGCCUGCUAUAUGCCAACUUGCAAAACAUGUAGGGUUGUUUGGUUCCUUUGCUCAGAUAUUGCUCAUGCCAAGAAAAACGUAGGGUGUCUUUGGUUCCUUUGCUCGGAUAUUGCUCAUUUAUUAUGUCAAGAAAAAUGUAGGGUGUGUUUAUUGUUCAUUUAUGUCAAGAAUAAUGUAGGGUGUGUUUAUUGUUCAUUUAUGUCAAGAAUAAUGUAGGGUGAGUUUGCAUUCCGUUUUACUUAGAUAUUGCUCAUUAUGUCAAGGAAAACUCUGAGCAACGUCAUUCCGAGUCGUUUUACCA